UGACUUCCUUCCUCUCCGCCCAGAGCCCGGGGCCCAGGAGCCGCUCAGCCUGGCCCCAGCCGGCCAGCUGCGCCUCCCAGGGCUGCGGCGCCGGCGGCCCGGCCUAGCCCGGCCGCUCUCCUCCCGCCUGUUUUCCUCGCGCCGGCUUGGCUGAGCCCGGCGCCCGAGGCCGCGUCCCCUCGCCCUUGGCCGCGGAUUGGUGCCGGAGCCGCUGAGCCGCCCCUCCCCGCGCCCGCCGCGGCCCCAUAUAGGCGCUUCCCUCCCACUCUCGCCAGUCGCCUGAUCGGGGAGGUGUGGCUGUGGAUUCGCUCUCUCAGAGGGCUGGUUCCCGGGGCUCUGUCCUCUCCCGCCGCCAACAGCACCAUUGACCUCCGGCUCGCCGAGAUGUUCCCCCCGGACUCGAGCUGGAAUAUCUCCUUCGCGGGCUGUGGCUUCCUGGGGGUCUAUCACAUCGGCGUGGCUAGCUGUCUCCAGGAGCGGGCCCCCUUCCUGGUGGCUAACGCCAAGAACAUCUAUGGGGCUUCGGCUGGAGCCCUCACGGCCACGGCGCUGGUUGCUGGAGCCUGCCUGGGUGAAGCUGGUGCAGAUAUCAUUCGUGUCUCAAAAGAAGCUCGGAAGAGGUUCCUGGGCCCGCUACAUCCCUCCUUCAAUUUGGUGAAGACCAUCCGGAGCUGUAUGUACAAGACCUUGCCAGAGAACGCGCAUGUGACAUCCACAGGACGCUUGGGCAUCUCGCUGACAAGAGUCUCUGAUGGCGCGAAUGUUAUACUGUCAGAGUUUCAUAGUAAAGAAGAGCUUAUCCAGGCCUGUGUUUGCAGUACUUUUAUUCCUGUGUAUUGUGGUCUGAUCCCUCCAAGCCUACGUGGAGUGAGGUAUGUUGAUGGAGGGAUUUCGGAUAACGUGCCACAAUAUGAGCUGAAGAACACGAUCACCGUGUCUCCGUUCUCGGGUGAGAGUGACAUCUGCCCCAGGGACAGCUCCACAAACAUCCAUGAGCUGAGAGUCGCCAACACCAGCAUCCAGUUCAACCUUCGCAACCUCUACCGCCUCUCAAAUGCCUUGUUCCCCCCAGAGCCUGUGGUGCUGCGAGAGAUGUGCAAACAGGGCUACCGGGAUGCACUGCGCUUCCUGAAGAAAAACGGUCUUUUUAAUCACCCAAAGCCUACAGGUCCACUACUUGCCAUCAAAAACUCUGCAGAGGAGGAGGAUGCAGAAGAGGAGGAAAUCAGCGCUGAGGACCAGAUGGAAGAGAACUCUGCCCUAGCUGUUGUUGAAGAUGAUAUCUUUGACCACUUGCCACCCAGAGUGAACCAAGCCCUUAUGGAGGUUUGUGCUGAGCAAGGGGGCCGGUUUACUGGGGUUUCCAAGCUGCUGCCUGUACGUCUGGUCUCUGCCAUGAUGAUCCCAUACAUGCUGCCUUUAGAGUCUGCCAUCUCCUUCACAGUCAGGCUCCUGGAAUGGCUGCCAGAUGUCCCUGAGGACAUUAGGUGGAUGAAGGAACAGAUGAGUAAAGUCUGCAACUAUCUCAUGAAGGAAGCCAAGAAGAAGCUAGGCAACCAUCUCUCAGCCAGGCUUUACUACCACCUUGAACUCCGAAGGACCCAGAGCCUGCCCAUCCCACUGUCCUCUGCCUGCGGUGAGGCACUGCCUCAGUGGAUGCGAAGCAACCUCUCGUUGACAGAUGUUAUGAUGAAGUGGGAGGAGUACCAGCGCCAGCUCAUGCUGGGUUUGCUCUGCAUCAAUGUGAACAUGCAGGCCUCCAUCUUCCCGCAGGAAGGGCUGAAGAUGAGACCCCCAGUACCAGACUGUGUGCAAGAGAGCCUUCCACUCUUCUGAGUUCACUGCUGCCACCAUGGGGUGGGGGGGAGGGAGCAGAGGGGUGGGCAGCAUCGGUGAUGCACCUGGCAACCUGCCACCUUGGGGCCAUUAUUGCCCUGCAUAGGGGACUUCCUGUAAACAAGAAGACAGCAGUCAGUGGAAUGAAACGUAGCUGAUUUGCCCCUUGCUUUGCUAGGCAAGGGACAUCCUGUUAGCAUGAUCACGUUGGCUCGUGAUAACCACUUAAAGACACGUAUCAACACCCAGCAACAGGGAGAUGGCAGUGACUUUUGGCCGCACCAUAGCAAUUCUAGCUGGGCUUCCUUGGGAGACGUACCUGGAACUGCUGGGUUUUCUUUCAAGUAGUUUAGGGGACCUAGUUAGUGUUCUAGAAUGUUUUUGUUUGCUUGUUUUAAUUGUGUCUGAUUUUAAUUAUUUAAAAACAAUUUGAUGUCCUUUGGCCCUUCACUGUGCUACCAAAAGGUAGAGCAGCCUGCAGUGCCAAACCAGCCAUCAGGUAAGCCUUGAGCCUACCCCUCAGGUCUCCUUUUUUGGAGCCAAAGUUCUUUUUACCUCUGUCCAUGUUCCUUAUCCCCUCUUGAAGCCAACUCCAGUCUUGUUGCUAUCAACACAGAUUUCACUGGCACUGGGACUGGAGAUUUGCAGGAGUCAACCUGACACCCAUGGUUACUCCAGGCUUCCUUCAUUUCUUCUCCUCUGUCUCUCUUGUUUCCGUCUCUUAAGGGGUCUAUGUCAGGCCUGGCUUUUGGAGGCCUGGCAUCUAUAGUGCUAACACUAGCUGGGAUGCUUCCCUUCCCUCUCCACCUCCUUCUCCCUGUCCCCAAGAAGUUGGAUAACGACUUCAGAGUUUGUUUUUUCAAAGUCAUUUUGUGGGAUUUAGAUGCCCAGUUUCCACUAAUUUGAAUUGAAAUAAUUUUGAAAAAUUCCCACCUUGUUUCCCAGUAUGGGCUCAACAGAUGCCAUGGGGGGGAAGAGGGAAAGGAUAUGAAGGGCUUGUAAGAUGGCAGAAAGUGAGAUUGCAUUGUGCAUGUUUCCAGAUGGUUUGUAGUGGGAUGGUGCAGCAGGUUCCCAGCAGAUGGGUAUCUGAGUUGAGAGAGGGCCAGGUUCAAGUUUCAGCUCCAAGGGACCGUGGUGUUGGGUAACUUUGAAACCAGACUGUGCUGGUGCAACAGAACGGAACUUGACUGAAGUCAGUGUCCACGUUGGUGAUGAACAUGGACCGUAGCAGUGAGGUAGAUGGCACUCCACCUUUACAGGUGGGACCUGCUUGCUUUACAUGUUGACUGAUGAUGGUGGUGUCAAGAUGGAUAGCCAGGAAGAACGAGCAGGAGGAAUGAGGAAGCCAUGGAGCGAAACAAGAAGUGCCUUCAUACAGCCUACUGCCUAUUUUGUUACUUAAGACAAAUCGGUGGGAUUAUACUGGGGCUGAACUUUGCUCACUGCUUCACUUGCCUUUUCAUUGGUGCUGCCUUGAAAUGUCCAUCCCAAGGUAACCCGUUAACCUUAUGCUGCUUGUGUGCUUACAGCUAAGCUAUUUGGCACAUUUUCCCUGAGAAGAUGCCUGUCUAGUUUCAUCAUUGACUCGCUUUGUAAAUGCAAAAUGGCCUCAUUUUUUUUUUUCCCCUAGGGCUGAGGGAUGACUUCUGCUGGGAACUGCACAUACCACAAGCCAAAAGCCCUCAUCUUCUGACUGUCUGUGAUGCACAGACCUUUCAGAUGGUUUUAUCUUCACGAUGCAUCUGGCUGUGCACGGCUUCUUUCUACCUGUCCUAGCACAAACAAUCUUCAGCAGGCCAAAGCAAAUGCAUACGUUCUUUGCAAGGGAACAGAAUGGGGAGAUCUCAAGUUUUAUAUUUAAAUAUACCCAGAAUUGUGACUUGUAAAAGGUCCUCGAAUGUCACUGUAUAUAACUCUGGUGCCAGGAGCUAUGUAAAUAACUGAGAGCUUGGAGAAGGAGAGGAAAUAAUCCAACAGAUCACAUGUGUUCUGGUCACAUUGAGAAAUGGUAGUUUACUUUCAAAAGGUGAAGGGCUUUGUUUUUUGUGUUUUUUUGUUUUGUUUUUUUUUAGUAGCAGUGUCCUCUACCUACACUUGAGGUGGGUAUGAGAGUUUGAUUCAAAUGAAGAGCAUUCCUGGGAAUGACCUACAUUCCUACAAUUUCUGGCAGGAAAUGGUUAGAUGCUUAACUGCUUGUCACAGAAUUCAUUCUGUAGUAACCAGAUGACUGUGGGGAGCCUUGGCACUAAGGGCCUGGUGGUGGUUGAUCUGUCUGUUCCCACAGGGGCUUGGUAUGGAAACAAGCUUAUGUGACUUGGAACGUAAUUUUGCCAGUCUUGCAUUUGACACUAUGUACAGAACGGAAGUGCCUGGAGAAUUGAUUAAAUGAACUUGGUGUUUCUCUUCACCAUAGUCUAAUUUAGCCUUUCUCUAAUGUCACAUUGUUAAGGCAGUGGAAAUAGGAGUCAGAGGUGCUUGCUGCCUGUCUAUAGCCAUAUGCUGAGUGCAUCGGUAGCGCACCAAAAGGGAAGAAGAUUCUUUCACUGCCCUAGAGUCAUGGAAAAUUAGGGUUGAAGGGACUUCAGGAGGUCACCUAGUCCAGUGCCCUGCUUAAAGCAGGACCAUCCCCAACUACAUCAUCCCAGCCAAGGCUUUGUUUAACCUGGUUUUAAAAACUCCAUGGAUAGAGAUCCCAUAAUCCUUGGGUAAUCUGUUCCAGUGCUUCACUACCCUCCUUCUUUCCCCACAAGAGAGGCCACAUUGGCAUAACCUCAGUGAGAUGUCCCUUCCAUAAAAUGCUUGCCUUGCCAUGGGUUACAUUCUUAUCUGGGAACAGCUAAUCCUUGCCUGCCUGGCUGCCCACCCGCCCGCCUGCCGACUCUCUCUUUCCCCCUCCGCCCCCCCCCCCAAAAAAGGAAAAAAAACUUCAGCAGAAUGCUUAUUAAUUGGGAGGUGGGGAAGGAAAGGGAAUUGCCCUUAUACACAUUUGGUUUAGGAUCAAGGGUAGGAGAGGGCAAAUUUCUUUCUGGAGGAGGUUGUGUGUGGGAGCCCCAUGCCCUUGGGUCUGCCUGAUUUGUGUAAACAUAUUUAUGGAGAGGGUGAGGCAGUCUUUUUUCCACUUGUGUCCUAUUCCUUCUGCUGCCCUGGUAAAGCACUAACAUAUUAAAUGAAUCUUCCAGCAGCAGAACUUUGGGUGGAAAUUCUUCUUUCAAGCAAAGUCUUACUAAGCAGCCACACUAUGGCAGGCAUGACCCUGGGUUUCCUUCAGCUUUCUUCUGCUAGGAUUGCAGAAUGGUGUGAUAUAGAGGUACUCUAGUCCCUGGGGUGAGUCAUAUGGUUUGAGAGAUCCAGGAAGUUGGCAAGUUCCUGUUCAUGCAUUUCCAAGUACUUGAUUUCUGGAGUCAAUAGAAGCCAUGACUUGGAACCUACACUUAGCUUUCAUCCCCAUUUCUGGCAACCACUCCAACCUUCCAAUGAAUGAAUCCAGCUACUAGAAAAGACACUUUCUCAUCUUUUGGAUUAUGCACCAAGAAACCAAAGUCCAGUUUUAAACUGGGUCUUGCCAGAAAAGCCAAUUCUUCAGGGUCGAACAAAUGUGACCAUGCAUAACACAAUUUGUGACACAGUGGAUUAACUCCUUCCCUGCCUUCAAGAAUGUAUGACAUGGCAUCCCCUUAGCUUUCAGACUCUGGAAAAUGUGUGGCACAGAGGAUGUUGCAGGUCAACUUAUAGAUUUUGAGUCACCUUUUGCUGGGGUCAUGAUCUGGUUGGGAGUAUUUUUUUCAAAGCCAAAAUACCCCAAAUUCCUUUUGUUAAAAAAAAAAAAAAAAAUAGGAGUUAUGUAGCUUAAGUUCACCCAUGGUCAUUUAUAGAUUCUCUUCAAAGUAGUUUAUGAAUAUUGUAUUUCUAGCCAACACGCAAUAGAACAAAAACUGUAGUCCUGUAAAAUAAUGCCUUUCAGAUGGCUGUUAUGCAGCAUUGCAUAUGCCCGAACUCCAGAAGUCUAUCAAAAUGCUUUACUGGCUUUAAAAGACUAUGAAUUGAGCCUGCAGUGAUUUUUAUGGGGCAUAGUUGACUUAUGAUCAUAGUGGCAUUCCCCACCUAACCUCUUGACAACUACAUGGUAAAUGAUAAAUCUGUUGAGCAGCAGCUGAUUAAAUGAUAUAGUUAUAUAAGCCUAAUAUUAUACCACCUGCCAACUGAACCUGAAUUUGACGUGGGGGCUUCCAAAUUGAGGUUGGUUAUGGGACAGAAAUUCCUUCUGCAAUGAUGCACACAAGUGAGGCAGCCUACAGAAUAACCAGCUACACGCACGGCUGCUCAUCAGUGUAUGGAGCUUUUGGAAGUCUCAUAUCCUAGGACCAAAAGACCUUUUAUAACUUUCUAAAAAUAUUUUAAUUUGCCUUGUGACUAGUCGGUGUAGAUGAUGUGUGUGCUGGUAGGCAGACAAAAAAGCAGCUGGCUAGAGCUCUCUCUUUAAAUGCUCUCUCUGGCCUUGAGGGUCUUGCUUCACAUGCAUAAUAUCUUAUUUUUCAGAGGUACUGAGCUUCAGCAUCUCCCAAUGAAGUCCCUAAUAACUGCCAGUGCUGGGCAGUUCUGCAAACUAAGCCUUAGGCAGGAACCCAAAAUCAGAAGCACGCAAACCAAGACACCUCUCUGAAAACAUGGUUUGAGAGAAACCAACAAAAUAGGUGUUUGCACAGUGGCUUGGAGCCAGUCUGUGGUUGCAUUGGUGUUUGGGUGCGAUUCUCUCUUAUCUGCUAGUAACAGUGUGUAGAAUUAGUGGUGAAAGAGAGAAAAAUCCUUCCAAUAUGAGCCAGUCACCUGGGGACUAGCACAAGGUUACUUCCCACAACAGCUUCCUGGUGCUUUGUUUAAAGUAAUUUUGAGACGUCUCAAACCAUGCAGUUUCUGCUGCUUUCAAGCCCAGAUCAUCUGUAUUUUGGAGCUCCUGUUUAUUUCUACAAUGCAAAUACCACUUGCUGCUUUUAAUGAGGCAUAUAGCUGUGUGUGUGUGUGUGUCAAUUAAUUUAUGCAAUGGUGUAUAGUGGUUUUGUGUCAUAUGAUGCUAUGUGCACUAUACUAUAUUUCACAUGUGCCUUUUUUCCCUUGGGCUUCAGUCUAUUUCCUACCCCUAUCCAGUCUCCCUGGGGUACCUGCUUUGCUAAAUUCAGCAGCAGUCGUUUGUUAGCCAUUAUGGCAUCUAUAAAAGGAAUAUAGCUCUAGCUAGCCCAUCUACUGCCACUCAUGUGCAGCUCCAUUAGGGCAAGUGUCUGACCCACUGGCACUCUGAAGUGCUACAAACCAGUUUCUGAUACAGUGCAGGAAAACCAAGAUGCCAAAUGGAGGUGUAGAAGAGUAGUCCUAAGAUGACUCUUUCAUUUCAGAAUUUUCUCUGAGCUGAGGAAAAUUAGUACUGAAUAAAAAAGAACUCUGUAUGUUAAAUCCUUCUGAGAGCUGUGCCAAUGUGAGCUUUAGGCGAGAAAAUCUUUUUUGCAGGGAGCAUGCAGAACAAAUGUAAAGAGCUGUAGGAGUUUGCUGAAGUCGUGGCACCAAUUAGACCAAUGACAAUAUAUGCAAUUGCUUUAUUUACACAUCAAGGUCAUUUAUGUAGCACUUGAACAUUCACUUGAAAGUUCAGCAUUAAAUUUUUGAUGCACUUGUGCACAUGUUCCCUCCCUCCCUCCCUCCCUCCCUCUCUCUCUCUCUCUCUCUCUCUCUCAUAUUUUGCUAAAGGAAGUAUAAGUAUUUAUUUUGACAGAAAUGCACUUCUAAUAAAAUCUUCCUACAUUUAGUUAA